AUGUAUACGCUCUCAGCUGGUUUGUGGGAAAAGUUUUUCAAAAAACGGGAUUAUUAUGUUGUUAUCGUUGGUCUAGACAAUGUCGGCAAAACGACAUUUCUUGAACAGACUAAAGCUCAUUUUGUCAAGGGUUAUGGUGCGCUCAAUCCUGCAAGAAUAACAAGCACAGUGGGCUUAAAUAUUGGUAAAGUCGAAAUCAACAACACCUGUCUCAAUUUCUGGGAUCUCGGUGGGCAAGAAGAUUUGCGUACCCUUUGGGUUAACUAUUAUGAUGAAGCUAAUGCACUCAUUUUUGUUGUUGACGCAACUAGAAGAGAUCUGUUUGAAGAAGUGGCUACAGUAUUCAAGCAAGUUAUGUCGAAUGAAUACGUGCGCAUGAUGCCUGUACUGGUCGCAGUAAACAAAAGCGAGAUUGAAGGUGCUGCACCGGCUGCAGAGGUUCGGCGAAUUCUCCAAGAUGAUCAUCAUAUGGGUGAUUUGGCCGUCUUACCUGUGUCUGCUCUCGAAGGAACAAAUAUCGAUAGAUGUGUUCGUUGGAUUGUUCGUACCCUAGCCAGUCAACCUCUCUAUCUGUGA